ACUUCAUUUUUCCAAUGAGCAUUAGCGCUCGAAUCAGCCGAAACAAAGUGACACCUCAUCCCUCCAGCAAGCCUCAAACAUGGGGGAAAUCAAAACGCCCAGAAAAUGGUUCCUGAGCAGCAUCGCGCUCAUUUACGCGUGUGCUUUCGCAUCCGUCUACGUCCAGAUACCAGGUUUGUAUGGAGAUGAGGGUAUUCUUCCAGUGCGUCUGCAGAUGCCGAAGAUGCAGCGACCCCUGUUGGAGCAGCUCCAGGCCUCCCCAUCGCUGCUGUGGCUGGGGCCGUCUCUGGGUCUGGAGCCCCAGCAGGUCCUGGAGCUCAUCUGCCUGUUGGGAGUGCUGCUCAGCCUGGGCGCUGUGCUACUGGGGACCCUGAGGGACAGUCUCACCUACCUCUGCCUGUGGGCCCUCUACCUCUCACUCUAUAACGUCGGGGGAGACUUUCUCCACUCUGAAUGGGAUGUGCUGCUGCUGGAGGCUGGUUUUCUGGCUGUGCUUGUAGCUCCGCUGGGUUUGCUGCGCAGCCACUCCCGUCACGCUUUCCACGAUUCGUUGACCUUCUGGAUGAUUCGCUGGCUCUUCUUCCGGCUCACCUUCUCCACAGGUGUGAGCAAACUGGCCACUGGAGACCCUGCGUGGUACGACCUGUCAGCAUUGAGUCAUCAUUUGGAGGAUCAGAUGAGUCCCACUCUUUUGGCCUGGUACGUCCAUCAGCUUCCAGAAUGGCUGCUGAAAUUAGGAGCGGUGGUUAUGUUGCACAGCGGGAUAUGCAUUCCUCUUCUGACGUUCUUUGCUCCCAUUCGCCGCCUCAGACUGUUCGGCUUUUACGUUCAGCUGUUUCUCCAGCUCUUCCAUAUCCUGACGGGUAACUGCAGCCUUCUGAACCUGCUGAGCAUCGCCCUCAGCUUCUCUUUGCUGGAUGAUGAUCAUUUCAAUACUCCUUCAAAGAAGAGGAAGGGCCAGGAAAAGAAGACCAGAAGCUGGCUGCAAACCCUGGCCUCUGGUUUUGUUCUUCUGGUGGAGUUGGCUGUGUAUGCGUUCAUCCUGUACAGUGCCAUUACACUCUACCAGCUGCAGAUCGACUGGGAACAAAAAAGAGUGUCAGCCAAAACAGAUUUCAGUCAUGGGAGAUUUGCUGCGUUUGUCCUGCACAUCCAGGAACUCACUAUCUGGGUCGGUGUGCUGUCGUUCACAUGGGAAGCCGUGAAUGCCAUGCUAAAGUGUUUGUGCACUCGAGGCAUUGUGAGCAAGCUGUGGUCCCUCAUACAAUGGGCGCUCGUCACCGCGGCUGCUGUGGCCGUCUUUGCCCUCAGUGUGGUUCCAUACUCUACUCUGCCUGGCAUGUCAUCCACUACAGUGUUUCCUAAAGUGCUAGACUUGUACAGGGCGGUGGAGAAAUUUCACCUGGUCGGGGCGUACGGUGUCCAGCACAGACCGAUCUCCACCGAGGGACGCCCGGAGAUCAUUUUAGAGGGCAGCUACGAUGGUCUCACAUGGACGGAAAUGAACCCCAUGUAUAAACCCGGAGAUGUGAAUGACAUCCCACCAGUAGCGGGCCCUCAUCAGCCGCGUCUGGAGAGUAUGAUGUUUCAGGCGACUCAAAAAGGACAUGAUCAUAACCCCUGGUUUGCAGGCCUCCUCCAGCGCCUCCUACAGGGCAAAGCAGAUGUCAUUGGUCUGCUGCAGGUGGAUGAAGCGCAGUAUCCCUUCAGUCAGAAGCCACCGGCUCUGAUCAAAGCCAAACUUUACCACUACCACUUCACAGACCCGGUUAAAGACAAGACUCAUCAGAAGGCUUGGUGGAGGCGACAGUACAAAAAGGAGUUUAGUCCUGCUGUGAAUCUUGAUGAUCCGAAGCUCAACAGACUGUUAGAUGAGUCUGGACUGAAGGAGAAAUUCCCAAUUCAGCCAGCCACCGACACGCCACUAUCCCAAACCCUCAUCCUCAUUCGGGACCCCAUCAAGCACCUCUCGGGGGCCCUGGUGAUAUCAUCAUUGCUAGCCACUGUGGCCAGCAUCUUCCUCAUCAGAGUAAUCUUCUCCAGCUUUACAGGAGGCCAAAAACCUAGAACGGCUUCAGCCGAUCACAGGAACAAGAAGCCCAAAGAGCCAUCUGAAACUGUGGAGAAAAGCCACACAAUGUCUGCGUCCAGCCGGCCCGGCAAGAAGGACUCAAACGAAAAAAAGGUGGACUCAGAUAGAAGCCCUCGCAAGAGGAAAUGAGCCACUAGUGCCUUCAUCUUUCGGCCAAAUGCAAUGACAAAUGAAUCUCUCUCAGGUGUACAUUUUGUUUUUUCUAAGGUCGAGUGGAUUUGCUGUCUGUUACACACUUUGAGUUUUGCUUGUUUACCACUACACACACCGUUUUAUCCGUCUCUCACACACUCAGUCAGAUGAGCGGUACUCGUGCUACUGGAUGUAAUUGGCUUUGAAGCGAGUCCAUUUUUUUAAGCCGUCACCUGCUACACACUUCUUUAUUCGAUACACACACAGUGGACGUCCCAAAGAUGACAACGAAAAGCACAAAUGCUGAUUUGUUUUUGAUGCUAUUUAACUCAUUAAACGGUUGUUGAUUAAAUGA